AUGUCUUCCGGGCCCAGCGUGAACGCCCUGCAGCGCCUGGUGGAGCAGCUCAAGCUGGAGGCCGGCGUGGAGAGGAUCAAGGUCUCUCAGGCGGCUGCAGAGCUUCAACAGUACUGCAUGCAGAACGCCUGCAAGGAUGCCCUGCUGGUUGGUGUUCCAGCCGGAAGCAACCCCUUCCGGGAGCCCAGAUCCUGUGCUUUACUCUGAAGACUAGUAAGUGAUGAUACUAUAGGGAAGAAGUUCACUGAGGAAUGCCUUCAGCUACAAAGUGAUGAAUGACUGUCUCCAAGUCUCAAGAAAACAUUUUUCUCUAGCUAGACAACUUUUAGAUACUUGAGACCUUUCCUGUCCUGGUUCUAUAGCCAAAAUUCUACAGAAAUUGAUGUGUUUCUGCUCAAAUAAGAAACUGCGUGAAGGAGCAGACCUUUAAAUAAUAAUGACCUGGUUCUUUUGGUGAAGUGCUUUAUACUUACGACAAAUGAAAAUCUUUACCACCAAACAUACCAAAAUACACCUUUUUCACAAGUGAAUUACCGUGUUUCUAUGCCUAGAAUACCAAUGUAUGUUUUAUUUACUGGAUGUUUACAUUUUAAGAAGGAAAACAUUUUUGUUUAUUAAAAAAAUUGAAUAUUUAUAAUUUGUUCCUAACUUUUUAUACCAUAACAAAAUUUGUUCUUUUCUCAUGCAUUUACAAUUUCUAAAUGAAGAUAAGUAAGUAUAAAAUUUAGGGGAAGAAUAGACUUUACUAAUUAAUUGAUGCUUUGAUUUUUCUAAAUGAGAAGAUUGUUUUAUUUUUAACAAUAAACAUGGGAGCUGUUUCUUAGCAAACUUGUUUGGAAAGAUUUAUGUUGUCUUGUGUAUUAGGUUGCCCCAUCUUGUGUAUGAAGCAGAUUUGGAUGUUGUCUUCUUAAGUUUCUGUACUUUUUGGUUGUCCUUAUACUUUAAAAUAUAUAUAUAUAUAUAUAUAUAUAUAUAUAUAUAUAUUUCAUGUCUUUAAAAAAAUGUUUAAAAUA